AUGUGUUUUCUAAUAUCAGAUCAUCAAUGGACUCAGAUGCGAGAUUGUUGGCCGUUGUAUACCGGCACCCCAAACCGCGGACCCUGGAGUGAUCAACAGUGUAUAGAAUAUAAUUACGACGCAGCCCAGCGAUAUUAUGGUCAGGAUUCUGGAUCUUUAGCUAUCCGUUCCUUUUUGUGCCCCUACUGGUCACCUGGGGUUUGCGUGCCCUACGAGCAUUGUGAAUGCACCCCAAAUGUGUCAGCCAAACAGUUUCCCACUGAUCACGAAGCUUAUUUAACUGAAGACGAUUGGUAUUUUUGUAGAUUGUGGCCAUUGCACGUUGGUGAAACUUGUGAAAUUCUGGCACAGAUGGUAGAGCCUCCCCAAAGACCAAAGAAGGGGGGACAAAAAAGGAAAGCCAAAGAGAAUUAG